GUGGUUGAGCUGGCUGACAGGAGGCGAGCUGGGGCGGGGAGCGGGCGCGGCGGAGGCAGCCAGCAGGAGCGGGCGCGGGGGAUGAGGCUGCGGCCGGGCACGACGGCUCCUCUCGCUGCCCUGUGAGGAGGCCUCGAGGCCCUCCCUCUCUGCUCGCGCUUGCGGCGGGCGGCCUCGCCUUCUUCCUCCCCUCCUCCAUCUCUCCAUCCCAUCUUCCCUCCCGCACUCCUUCGCCCGGCCACGGGCCGCGCCUUUCCUCGCCCGCUCGCCUGCACCGGGGGAGCUGCGCCGCCGCCCACGCUCCGGUCCCCCUCCCUCCCCAUCUCUCCGGCACCAUGAUGGAGGAGAUCGACCGGUUCCAGGUGCCCACGGCGCACUCGGAGAUGCAGCCGCUGGAUCCAGCAGCUGCAUCCAUCUCAGAUGGAGACUGUGAUGCCCGAGAAGGCGAGACUGUAGCCAUGAAUUACAAACCAUCCCCACUGCAAGUGAAAUUGGAGAAACAGCGAGAGCUUGCUCGAAAAGGUUCCUUGAAAAAUGGCAACAUGGGCAGUCCAGUCAACCAGCAGCCCAAGAAGAAUAAUGUGAUGGCCCGAACAAGGCUGGUUGUUCCUAACAAGGGAUACUCUUCACUUGAUCAGAGUCCAGACGAGAAGCCAUUGGUGGCCCUUGACACUGACAGUGAUGAUGACUUUGACAUGUCCAGAUAUUCCUCCUCGGGCUAUUCCUCAGCAGAGAUCAACCAAGACUUGAACAUCCAGCUGCUGAAGGAUGGUUACCGGUUAGAUGAGAUCCCUGAUGACGAGGACCUCGAUCUCAUCCCUCCCAAAUCUGUGAACCCCACCUGCAUGUGCUGCCAGGCCACUUCCUCUACUGCCUGCCACAUCCAGUAACGGCCAGCACAGGCCGGGAAGGGGCAGAGGGGGGAGGCGGCACAUCUGGUGUCCAUUCCCACCCUAGUUCCCAUUCUGGGCCCUGAUUCUGGCCUUAGCCACUGGCCAACUUCUUAACAGCCAUUGCUUCCUCCUAUGGUAGGACGUGUACCUCUGUGUUCAUGAAGCCGGGAGAAACCAAAAUGAGAUUUCAUGGGGGGUUGGGGGGAGGGGGGAGGGUGGUAGGGACUCUUUGUUCAUUGAUUUGUUUAAAGGGGACUCAGCCAGCUUCUCCUUCUCCCCAGAACCACCACACCUCCAUUGUCUUCCCAACCCUAACUGUCUCCGAUAGACAGACUGGCCAAAAGUCUGGGGAGAGCGGGAGGGGGAGACAGAGGAGAGAUACCAGGGGUGAGUGAGGCCUAUAGGGGGACUGAAAAGGGAAGCAGCCUGGAGCUCUGACCUCCAGAGGGCUGGGGCUAAGUCAGUCUGUUUCAUUCAAAAGAGAGCUCUCCCAGAUUCUCCUCAGGCCAAACCGUGAUCCAGUGUGAUUUCCCAGGAUGCUCAGGCUCAAAGCCUUCUCCCAGGGGUCCUUGGAGAUUGCACUGUGAUGAUCUACUACAGAAAUAUAACACCUGGCAUCUGAAGGACAUCCCAGAGACUCCUGGAAUGGCUCAAGAAGGCCAGCUCCAGAGCUUCUCAGUCUACUCUGGCCUGACUUGCCCUGGCUCAGCCUCAUGAUGUGAAUGAUGAGAACUUGUUAUCUUUCCUGGCCCUGGCUUGUCCUACUCCUGCCUUCUGACCUACACACUGAUUUUUAGAUUUUUUUUUUUAAUGUUUAGUCUCCAUCUUUCCUUCCUUUCUGGUCCAUCCAACUCUGGCACAGUUUCUUGGUUUCAUUUCCCAUCAUUUUUCUAGGAGAUAUGAGAAUAAAGGGGAGACAUCCCAUCUCUACAACCUGGGGAACAGCUUCCUCUCUUGCUCUCAUCCUGUCUCUUUCUUUUCCCCUUUCUGUGACCAUCUGUCUGGAUUUUCCUCUUCCUCUUUCUGAUAAGGAGGGAAAAGGGAGCAGCAGUACACAUGGGAUCAAGACCAAGUGGAAGUGAAGAUGAAGUCUUGUCUACCUGUUUCUGUUGGUGCCCUUGCGGGUUAGUGGGUGGUGAAUAGAGAGUAUUCCCUCUGGCCCAGCCUCUCCCGACUUCUUCCCACAUCUCUGCCCCCGAGCCUCUCUGGGGAGCCAGAAGCAGGGAAGGACAGGGAGUUACUGUCAGCCCCCUUCUCUGGUCUGUGGUUAGCUAGAGUUGGGCCUCCCCGGGCCUCCCUGCUUUGCUUGCCUGAGCUUCCACCUUUCCCUACAGUCUAGGAUAUCCGUUGAGUCUGCAGUCCCAGGACUAUCUCUCCACCUGCUCCCCCCUCCCCACACAACUAGCUUCCUUCCCGAUGUCACUCAUGCACGGGCUGCAUUCGCUGCUUGGGAAGUCACCACCUUUGUCCACGUCCUCCCCUUCAUGAGGCUUAGAGGUGGUUACAUAGAAUAGGCAUCUUCAGGGAAGUGUGUGUGUGUGUGUGUGUGUGUGUGUGUGUGUGUGUACUCUUGUAUGUGUGUGUCUGUUAGUUUAUGUCCUUGGGCAUAGCAGUAGUAUGUGUCUGUGUGUAUCAGGUUGUGUGUGCAGAGUAUGUUCAUGCACAUUUGUUCUACUGCUAGUGUUGCUGUUUGGCUUAGAAGGGUCAGAAUGGGAGGAAGACUUCUCACAGCACUAUGAAGAGCAAAAAUCUCCCGGACCCCUUUUCCUGAGAGUCCUGAUACUGAGUGUGCCCCACUUAGGAGGGAAGGAGAGAACAUGAUCCCAACUGCCAAAGGAUGCUCUUAAUGUCAGGAUGGGCAGUGAUCUCAAAGGGUGAUCCAUGUACAAGGGAAACUGUUUCCUUGCUGGCACUUACCUAGCUCUCUAAAGCUCUGCAUUUGGUAAAACAGAAACCAUUUGGGGUGGAAGGGAGAUCCAGAGGAUCUCUGCCUCUAGAAUAGGAAGGUGCAAGAACCCCCAGAGGUGAAAAAAGUAGGAUCAAAGUGGACCAGUCCAAGCAAAGUUUAGGUCUCCUCUGUCCCAACCUGGGAUAGGCCAGCUUUGAAAAGUUGAUUUGUGCAACAGUGAACGUCCUCAGGAUCCUCCAUGGGCAUAUCCCAGCAAGGUCAUUCUCUUCCUGCCUCCCCUCUAGCCUAUCUUUGUGUGCCAGCCUCCUCCUUGUGUGGGAUUGGGGGUCUGGAGUCCAGAUUAUAGACUAGCCCCAGAUUUCUCAAGCCUAGUUACCCAAAGGAAGAGACUCACCCUGUCCUGUCCUCCUCAGUCUUUCAUUUGGUCCCCCAUACAGGUGUAGUCACUCAUUUGUGAACCAGCACCCCCCUUACAUAGGUACAUACACACAUAUGUGUGUGUAUAUGCACAGGUUUGUAUAUGUCUGCACAUGUGUUUGUAGAUGUGUGUACAUACACACAAUCACACUUAGUAUCCAAGCACCACUUAAUGUCCUUG